AAUCUUUAAAAGCCCUAAAACCUCAUGACUGUUCACAGUUCGAUGUCUCUGUAGUGUUUUUGAUUUAAAUGUUCGUGUUUAUAAUGUCUUCAAUUUCAAGCUUCCUUGCUUAAUACUUGUAAAUACUAUAUAUACAGACACAUACACAAAGCGUGACUACAUGAGACAGCUCCUCUUGAAUUGCGUGUGUAAAUGACCAAAAAGGCAAAAACAACUUUUCUUUUGUUGAGCCGUAAAUCAAUCAAUCUCUCUCUGUCUCUCUAGCCAAUAAUCUCACUCUGUUCUCUCUCUCUCUCUCUCGUUAAUUUCUUGCUUUCAAUGGAGAAACAGUAUCUCACUUUCCUUUCGUUUUGUUUCUCCAACACAAUUUGUGGGCUACUCAUAGUUUCUUGGCUUGCAAGAAGUAUCAUCCGAAAUGGGUUAAUAAGAACAUUAGCAUGGAGAAAAGAAAGGAAGAAGAAGAAGAAUCAAGAAGAUAAAAACAAAAUGUCUCUCCUGGAUUUGCCUGACUUAACCUUAGACUGCAUAUUAGAGAAGCUCUCUCCAUCUGAGCUAUGUGCAAUGACUUGUGUUUGCUCUGAGCUGAGGGACAAAUGUGUGAGCGACCAUCUAUGGGAGAAGCAUAUGGAGAAGAAAUGGGGAAGAUUGAUGGGUGAUGCAGCAACACAAGAGUGGAAAUCUCACGUUGCUACAAUAAUGAGAUGUCUCAGAAGUAGUAGCAGUAGGAAGAGUAAACCAAACUGGAGUUCGAGGUUUGUUGCGAGUCUUAAACCCUUUGCAUGGUUAAGCUCAAACCAUGGUUGUGAAAACAGAGGAUCAUCAUCAACAUAUUUGGCACCUAUUGAUUCUGUGAUGUAUUGGUACUCGAAUCUUGAAAAUGGCAAGUUUUGGUUCCCUGCUCAAGUCUACAAUCGUGAGAACGGACAUGUUGGAUUCAUGAUGUCUUGUUACGAUGCUAAAAUCAGAUACGAUUUCAAGACUGAUACAUUUCAAGCCAGAUACUCGGCGCAUGGCCGGCGAGCGGCGGAGGAAAAGGUGACGUGGCAGAGGCUGAGACCGUCUCAAGACGACACAAAGUCACGUGAUCUACACGUGUCAGAUUGUUUGCACGGACUUCGACCUGGUGACCAUUUCGAGAUCCAAUGGCGAAGAACCAAAGAAUUCCCUUAUGGUUGGUGGUUCGGAAUCGUUGGUCACCUGCAAAACUGCGACGGCGGAGAGAAUUGCCGUUGCCACUCUGACGAGAAUGUGGUGAUGGAAUUCAGACAAUUCAGACAGGAGUCACCGUGGAGAAGGACGGUGAUAAACAGGAAGGAACACCGUGAGACGGGAGAUGAAGAAAACGGUUUCUACGGCGGAGUAAAGAAAUUGGGUACGGAGGAAGAGAUUUCUACAUGGAAGCGAUUGUGGCCAUCACAAGCCUUGGAAUAGUGUUACUUGUAAUAGUUUUGGUUUCUAGUGAAAACUUUCCUAAAAAUAUUGUAAAUUAAUUGAUUAAUUAUGGUUAGGGAAGAGACUAUUUCGAUAUUGUCGCAGUAUAUGUAGUCGUAAAUUCUUCCGUCGUUGACUGUAAACAAAAUUUUGAAUCCAAAAAAAAAGGAAAGGUGUUUAUGGCCCUAA